CUGUGCCCAUCCAGCACGAUCUCAGCCCCAAACAUGGGUGUCCCAGCAUGGGCACUAGCCCUGGUGACCUUCUCUUUAUUCCAUCAACACAUCAGCGGUGGACUCAUCAAGAGAAUAAUCCGGCAGAAGAGGGACGCUGGAAUCAAUGUGACAUUGCCAGAGGACAACAAGUCCGUGGUCUUCAACCAUGUCUACAACAUUAAGGUCCCUGUGGGUUCCCUUUGCUCAGUGGACUUGGACCCGACGAGUGGUGACGCAGAACUCCCCUCUCAGAUCGAGCCGAGCAGCAACUACCAGGAGCACACGCUGAACGAGGAGAACCAGAUUGUCUUCACGCACAGGAUCAACAUCCCACGGAGGGCUUGUGGCUGUGCAGCUGCUCCGGACAUCAAGGACCUUCUCAGCCGGCUUGAGGAACUCGAGGAGCUGGUUUCAUCUCUGAGGAAUCAGUGUGCCAGUGGAGCUGGGUGCUGCCCCAGUGCACAGCCCGUGGAAGGUCGCAUUGAUACCACCCCCUACUGCAGUGGCCAUGGAAACUACAGCAACGACAUCUGUGGCUGUGUUUGUGAGUCCGGCUGGAAAGGGCCCAACUGCUCGGAAGCGGAGUGUCCCUGGAACUGCAACAGAAGGGGCCGGUGUGUCCUGGGCAAGUGCAUCUGCGAGCAGGGCUAUACCGGGGACGACUGCGGGCAGCUGACGUGUCCAGGGGACUGCAACGACCAAGGCAAGUGUGUCGACGGGCAGUGCGUGUGCUUCGACGGCUUUGCGGGAGAGGACUGCAGCGAGGAGUUCUGCCUGGUGCCCUGCAGCGAGCACGGGAGGUGCGUGAACGGGCAGUGCGUGUGCGAGGAGGGCUUCGGCGGCGCAGACUGUGGCCAGCCCCUGUGCCUCAACAACUGCCACAACCGGGGACGCUGCGUGGAAGAGGAGUGCGUGUGCGACGAAGGCUACACCGGGGAAGACUGCGGCGAGCUGAUCUGCCCCAACGACUGUUUCGACCGCGGUCGCUGCGUCAACGGGACCUGCUAUUGCGAAAUCGGCUUCACCGGGGAGGACUGCGGCAAGGUGCGGUGCCCCGGCGACUGCCACGGCCGUGGGCGCUGUGUGGACGGCCAGUGCGUGUGCGAGGAGAGCUUCACGGGCGAGGACUGCAGCGAGCGGCGCUGCCCCGGAGACUGCAGCAACCGGGGCCGCUGCCUCCACGGGCAAUGCGAGUGCGACGAGGGGUUCAUGGGCCCGGACUGCGGAGAGCUGAAGUGCCCCGGCGACUGCCACGGCCGCGGGCGCUGCGUCAACGGGCAGUGCGUGUGUGACGAGGGCUUCGUGGGCGAGGACUGCGGCGAGCGGCGGUGCCCCGGCGACUGCCACAACCGGGGGCGCUGCGUGGAGGGCCGGUGCGUGUGCGAUGAGGCCUUCACGGGCCCCGACUGCAGCGAGCUGCGCUGCCCCCAUGACUGCAAUGGCCAGGGCCGUUGUGUCAACGGCCAGUGCGUGUGCGACGAGGGCUACACAGGGGAGGACUGUGCCGAGCGGACGUGCCCCGACGAUUGCCACAGCCGCGGGCUGUGCAUCAAUGGCUCCUGCGUGUGCAACGAGGGCUUUGUGGGCCUCGCGUGUGAGGAACUGGCCUGCAUGAACAACUGCCACAGCCGCGGGCGCUGCGUCAACGGGCAGUGCGUCUGCGACGAAGGCUUCGCCGGCGCGGACUGUGGCCAGCGGCGGUGCCCCAAGGACUGCAGCGGCCGAGGGCAGUGCAUCGACGGGGUGUGCGUGUGUGACGAGGGCUACCACGGGCCGGCCUGUGGCCAGCGGUCUUGCCCCAACAACUGCAACAACCUUGGCCGCUGUGUGGAUGGGCAGUGCAUCUGUGAGGAGGGCUACAUAGGAGACGACUGCUCUGACAUAUCUCCUCCAAAGGAUCUGACGGUUCUAGAUGUGACAGACAAGACCAUCAACUUGGAAUGGGAUAAUGAAAACGUCGUCACAGAAUACCUCAUCAGCUAUACCCCGACCGGCACUGGAGGCCUUGAGAUGCAGUUCCGUGUCCCUGGCAACCAAACCUCGGCCACCAUUCGCGAGUUGGAGCCUGGUGUCGAAUAUUUCAUCCAUGUCUUUGCCAUCCUGAAGAACAAGAAGAGUAUCCCCAUUAGUGCCCGGGUGGCCACUUAUUUGCCAGCCCCAGAUGGCUUGAAGUUCAAAUUGGUUAAGGAAACAACAGUAGAAGUGGAGUGGGACCCCUUGGACAUUCCAUUCAGUGGGUGGGAGAUUGUCUUUAACAGCAUGAAAGAAGAGGACAACGGCGGAAUAAGAAGCAGUUUGAAGAGACCACAGACAUCAUACAUACAACCUGGCCUGGCUCCAGGACAACAAUACAAUGUGUCUCUUUAUGUUGUGAAGAAUCAGAUCAGAGGACCUGGCCUCUCUAAGGUGGUGACCACAAAACUUGAUGCCCCCAGUCAGAUCGAGGCAAAGGACGUUACAGAUACUACUGCACUGCUCACGUGGUUCAAACCAUUGGCUCAGAUCGAUGGCCUUGAGUUGACCUAUGGGCCCAAAGAUGCUCCAGGGGACCGAACAUCCAUUGACCUCUCUGAGGAUGAAAGCCAGUACUCCAUUGGAAAUCUGAAGCCACACACAGAAUACGAGGUGACGCUGGUGUCCCGUCGUGGAGACAUGGAAAGUGACCCCAUGAAAGAAACCUUUUUCACGGAUCUGGAUUCUCCAAGGAAUCUGAAACGCCUCUCUCAGACAGAUAGCACGAUUGUUCUGGAGUGGAGGAACAGCCAGGCAACUCCUGAAAUUUACAGGAUCAAGUAUGCCCCGCUUUCUGGGGGAGAUCAUGCUGAGAUCACCGUGGCCAGGAGCAACCAAACCACAACCAAAGCUACACUCACAGGUUUAAGGCCUGGGACAGAAUAUGGCAUUGGUGUAACAGCUGUGAAGCAAGACAAGGAAAGCGCACCUGCCACCAUUAAUGCUGGAACUGAUCUGGACAGACCCAAGGACUUGGAGGUCACCGAUCCUACGGAAACCACACUCACCUUGCGGUGGAAACGACCCCUAGCCAAAAUUGACCGUUACCGCCUUACGUACACGACGCCGUCGGGGAAGAAAAAUGAAAUAGAGAUUCCUGCAGAUGGCACCUCACACAUCCUGAGGUCUCUAGAUGCUGGGGUGGAAUACACCAUCAACCUGGUGGCAGAGAAAGGCAGACAUAAGAGCAAACCUUCGUCAGUGACUGGCACCACCGAAGCAGAACCUGAGCUGGGGGACUUAUCAUUCUCAAAAGUUCACUGGGAUGGAUUCCAGCUCACCUGGACAGCAGCAGAAGGUGCCUAUGAGAGCUUUCUCAUACAGGUGCAGGAGCCCAACCAGGCAGAAGACGUGAGAAAUGUCACCGUUCCAGGCAGCUUCCGCUCUGUGAAUCUCACUGGCCUCCUGCCAAACACUCUUUAUACGGUCAUCCUUUACGGUGUAACUCAGGGCUACAAAACAAAACCUCUCUCAGUUGAAUCUACUACAGCGAUGAAGCCAGAAGUCGGUGAUCUAACUAUCGGGGGCAUUACUCCCGAAAGCUUCAACCUUUCCUGGACAACCACCAAUGGGAACUUCGAUCUCUUUAUCAUUGAAAUUAUUGAUUCUAACAGGUUGCUGGAACCUAUGGAAUAUAACAUCUCAGGCCAUUUACGGAAUGCUUAUAUCUCAGGGCUCUCCCCCAAAACUGAUUUCAUUAUCUACCUCUAUGGAGUCACACGUGGCUUCCGUACACCGGCAUUAACGGCCACUGCUACCACAGAAGCAGAACCUGAAGUGGACAACCUUCUGGUCUCGGACGCUACCCCAGAUGGUUUCCGUUUGUCUUGGACAGCAGAUGAUGGGGCCUUUGACAGUUUUGUUCUUAAAAUCAGGGAUACCAACAGGCUAUCGGACCCUCUGGAGUUAAUCAUUCCAGGCCAUGAGCGCACCCAAGAUAUCACAGGGCUGAAAGAAGGCACUGAAUAUUCCAUUGAUCUGUAUGGCGUUACCAGCGGACGGCGUUCGCAGCCUGUAAAUGCAUUGGGCACCACAGUGAUGGGAUCUCCCAAGGAAAUCACUUUCUCAGAUAUUACUGAAAACUCAGCUGUAGUCAGCUGGACAGCACCAAGGACUCGUGUGGACAACUUUCGGAUCUCCUAUAUUCCAGUUACUGGAGGUCCCCCUAAUUCUGUGGCUGUAGAUGGGGCCAAGAAUAGGAUCAAACUGGUGAAGCUGAUCCCUGGUGUAGAAUACGUUGUCAGCAUUGUCUCGGUCAAAGGAUUUGAGGAAAGCGACCCUGCAUCGGGAUCUCUGAUCACAGCUUUGGACAGUCCAUCAGGACUGAAGGCCGUGAAUAUCACGGAUUCCAAUGCUCUGGCUAUCUGGCAGCCCGCAAUAGCUGCCGUUGAUGAGUACAUAAUUUCCUACAUCACUGAGGGCGAGCCAGAAGUGACUCACAGUGUCUCCGGCAACACUGUGGAAUACGAUCUCAUUGGCCUCCGCCCAGCAUCUGAAUACACACUUCGGAUCUAUGCUGUGAAGGGACCACAGAAAAGCUCAAUCAUCUCCACCAAAUUCGUAACAGGCCUCGAUGCACCAAGAGACCUGACUGCCAUGGAUAUUCAGUCGGAAACAGCAGUGCUAAAGUGGAAGCCACCCCGUGCCUCUGUCACGGGUUACCUCUUGAUCUAUGAAUCCAUUGAUGGCAAGGUCAAGGAAGUUAUCCUGGGACCAGAGGCGACUUCCUACAGUUUGUCUGAACUGAGUGCAUCCACUCAGUACACAGUGAAGCUGCAGGCACUAAACCAGAGCUUAAAGAGCAAGAUCAUCCAAACUGUUUUCACCACAACUGGACUUCUGUACCCUCAUCCCAGAGACUGCUCCCAGGCUCUGCUGAAUGGAGAAACCGUGUCUGGUCUCUACACAAUUUAUCUUAACGGGGAUCAGUCUCAGCCAGUGCAAGUGUACUGCGACAUGAGUUCUGAUGGAGGUGGAUGGAUCGUGUUUCUAAGAAGGCAGGAUGGAGCAGAAGACUUCUACAGGAACUGGAGGACUUACGAGGCUGGUUUUGGAGACCCCAAGGGUGAAUUCUGGCUAGGUCUGGAUAAUCUUCACAAAAUCACUUCGCAGGGCCAAUAUGAGUUGCGUGUGGAUUUGCGGGAUCAUGAUGAGACUGCAUAUGCGCUGUACGAUAGGUUCACUGUAGGGGAUGCAAGGACUCGCUAUCGGCUGAAAGUAGACGGCUACAGUGGCACAGCAGGUGAUUCCAUGAUGUACCACAACGGACGGCCCUUUUCCACUUUUGACAAGGACCACGAUUCAGCCAUCACCAACUGCGCUUUAUCUUAUAAAGGGGCUUUCUGGUACAAGAACUGUCACCGAGUCAACCUGAUGGGCAGAUAUGGGGACAACAGCCACAGUCAGGGUGUCAACUGGUUCCACUGGAAAGGCCACGAAUACUCCAUCCAGUUCGCCGAGAUGAAACUAAGACCCUCCAACUUCAGGAAUCUAGAAGGGAGACAAAAGAGAGCAUAACUCAUCCCAUACACACGGAGAGAGCGACAGAGUGAGAGAGAAUGAGUUGGCAAAGGAUGUUGGGUUCUCUCCCCCAGCCCAAAAACCGGGGAAGGGAGAUCAGCAAUGGAGAUGGGAUUGUAACCAAAGCAUCAGUGUUGCUUGACCUAACCUUGGCUCCUUUGACCAUUUUUAUCGG